AUGGUAGCCGCUCUAUAUGGAUACGAAAAUAUUGUUCGUAUUUUAUUUAAACAUUGUGAACCAGAAUAUCAAGUAGAACUCGAAGGUAUCAUGUACCUGGAUGAUCAGACGACUCUCGAAGGUAUCACUGCUCUCUAUUGUGCUUGUUAUCGAGCACAUUUUACCGUUGCUCGACUGUUGAUCGAUGCUGGUGGAGCUAAUGUCAAUCAUGGUACUCUGAAUGAACCUUAUCAUCCUCUAUUGAUUCACGCUACUCGAAUAAAUCGUCUUGAUAUUGUUCAAUUUCUUAUCGAAAAUGGUUAUGUUGAUGUGAAUGAAACUAGAUCAACUACUCGCGCAAAAUCGACCGCAUUGGUUUGGGCCAUACGACAAAACCAUCUAUCAGUUGUCAAAUAUUUGCUUGAAAAAGGUGCCAAUGUUGACUACUAUUGCACCACAAACUUUUCAAGCAAAUUUACAACACCAUUGAUAUUAGCUGUUCACGACGGCAAUUUAGAAUUAGUUCGAAUAUUGUGCAUUGCUGGUGCAGACACAACUGUUAAGAACAAAGCCGGUGAUACUCUACUUGCUAUUGCUGUCAAAAAAGAACAUUGGUCAAUUAUUCAUUUUCUACUAGAACAAUCUAUCAUCAACAUCGAUGAUGUUGAGCUUGCUAUUUUAUUCCUAAUUGAAAGUCGACUUUUUCCUAUCGAUGAGAAUAAAUUGUACAAACAUUUAUAUUUUGCUCUUCAACAACGUCUAGCAAUACAAAGUCCAAAAGUUUGUCGCCAACCAUUGGCUAUCUAUAACUAUUAUCAAGAAUGUCAAACUAUAGAAGAACUAAAUUCGAUUAAAACUGAUUCCAAUCGAAUAUGGAUCGAAGUAUUACUGGUUUUAGAACGUAUUCUUAUUCCUCGCAAGGAUCCAAAACUAGCAAAAAUCUUCGAACAACAACCACUGACGAGUGCAGAACAAACAGUUCUCUGCAAUUGGAUUAGUCGUCUGUGUCAACAAUGGCAAAUGCCUUCAGAUCGACAAACAAUAGUUCAUCUAUGUAUUAGUGGCAACACUUAUGGACUUUCUUAUCGGCAUAGUUCAAAUACUGCACGUUAUCUCAGAUUUCCUAAUGAAUCUGCACUUCGACUGGUACUCGCUUGUGGACAUCGUUGGCUCGAUUUGGAUGCUGUCGAAUCCAUAAUGAACAAUACAGCUCUUCAUUUGUUAUGUCAUCAGUCAGAGAAUCAAACAAUGAUCAAAUUACUUUUAAAUGCUGGUGCUCAUAUUGAUUGUAUGAAUCGUUAUGGACUUACACCAUUGAUGUAUGCAACUAGUCAAGAAACCAAAGCUUUUCUCAAGUCGAAAUCAACUCCAACACAUCUCAAAUGUUUAUGUGCUUCUAUGAUAGCUAGGCAACGAUUGAAUACAAGUGAUCUUGGACCAGCAACAUCGAAAUUGAACAUAUUCAUUUCACUACACGGCUGUUCAGUGACCAAAUCUGAUUGUAAAUGA